GUUUUACUAGGCCAGUCGUAACUAAAAAAUAAUUUUGUCGGCAUACGUUUUAUAGGUUGAUAUCUAUAAAUUUAAUACUGUAUUAACAAAUGGCAACAGUAAAUAGAAUAAAACUUUUUGUUGGAAAUCUUCCCUGGACAGUUGGCCAUAAGGAAUUACGAGGUUACUUUAAGGAGUUUGGUCGCAUCAAUAGCGCAACAGUAAUAUUUGAUAGAAAAACAGGACUUUCUAAAGGUUACGGAUUUGUUCAGUUCAACAAUUUAACUGCUUUGCAAAAAAUUGAAGCGCAGCAAAAACAUUUGCUAGAGGGCAGUUAUAUAAAUAUACAGAAAGCAUAAAUUAAACUGAUCGUAUCAUCUAAUCACUUUACAUUAAGUUAAAUUAAAAUUUUUAAAUAUAUUUUUAAUAAAACAACCACAUUUUCACAUUUCUGAUUUGUAUAAUGUCGGAUUUCUCAGAUAGCGAUGCAGAAAUUGAUAUAAUAGAUGAGAAUUUUGCUUCCGCAGCAGACCACGUCCAAAGCAUACACACUACACUAUUACCAAACGACUUAUUGGAAUUGUACGGAUAUUAUAAGCAGGCAACAAUUGGUCAAUGC